GUGAUGCGAACUGAGCAGCAAUAAAUAUUGACCAAUGAGCCUCUUAAAUCAGAGAGUUGCUGCCGGUCGGGAAAGUCAUUCCCAUGCGAGAAGGUGGAUGGAGAUAUUCUCUUAUCUAAUCAGACACCGUUGAGGGCUGUGGAGGGGUUACGACUUGACCUGUUGACUAUCGCACCAAUGAUCAAGACACCCUGUGCCGACGAGCGAAUACUUGUAUCUCACGCAUAGCAUAUGAGUACAGCUGGGUCGCCUAGGCAGCUCUUGCGGCAAUGCCGCCCAUGCGGAGGCCAAACCCAUUAUGUCUGAUGUGCACCUCAAUGGAAAUACUCUUGUAGCUGGAGUGCAUGAGAACCAUGUUCGCGGACUGUCGACGAAGGCCAUAUCGACUGAUCUGAACUCAACUCUACCGGCCGAAUUCUACCACUCUCAAGCCAUCUAUCAACUGGAACGACGCGCCAUAUUUUCCACGCGGUGGUUCCUAGUCUCUCACAAAGCUCGAUACCGUGAUGUUGGCGACUUCGUGCAAUAUGAAAUGGCUGGCUUCAACUUCGUCGUGGUCAAGAACAAGGAAGGAAGUAUCAUUGGCUUCCACAAUGUUUGCAGGCAUCGCGCCUUCCCUGUGGUUCAAGAGACGAGCGGCAAGGCCAGAAUCUUUUCGUGUAAAUACCACGGAUGGUCCUACGACUUGACUGGUAAGUUGACCAAGGCUCCGCGCUUCACCCUUGAAUCAGUACCUUCGUUUGACCCAUCGACCAUCCGCCUCUUUCCCAUCCACAUCCAUGUGGACACCAAUGGGUUUGUCUACGUCAACCUCGAUGCAAGCCCGAAGCCGAAAAUCUCGUGGGAAGCCCAGUACGGCCAACUCGACCGUCAAGAACGCCUGGCCAACUCCGGUAUCGACUGGGAUGCAAUCGAAUACGACUUCACAUGGGCCAAGGACGGCGGGUUUAAUUGGAAAGUCAUGCAGGACAAUUACAAUGAGUGCUACCACUGUCUCACUGCACAUCCGGACGUUGCUGAAACGACCGACCUCAACACGUACUACGUCUCCCCUGGUGAUGGAUACAUUGCGCACUUCAACGAGCCUAAGCCUUCCAUUCUUGCCAACUCUGCGUUCGACGAAAAGCGGUUCGCAGGACGCUCGCAAACCCACGUCUUCCCUGGUGGCCACUUCUCACCCAACCCAGGCACGGGCUUCAUGCAUCUGAUGCGCUCGAUACCGACGUCGGCAACAACAACACGACAAGAGUAUGAUGUGUACAGACUCAACACGCCACAUGCAACGCCCGAGGCGCAUGAGCGUAUGACCAACUUCUACAGAAAAGUUGUUGACGAGGACUUUGAGCUCUGUGAAAAAGUCCAGAAGAAUCUUGAGCGGGGUAUCUUCGAGAUGGGGCUCUUGCAUCCAUUUCAUGAAGAAGGUGUGCACGCUUUUCAGGGCAUGGUCCUGAAGGCGCUGAGGGAGCAAAUCCAAGCGGAGGAAAAGGCUGGGACGGAGCUUUGGGCGGCCAAGCCUAAGAACCUGAGUUCGGCGAAGAACGGUAGGCCCGAAGAAGCGGUCGAUGAACAGAAAGGGGGGCGGAACGUGUGCGAGACCAUGCUUGGCUGUCAGACAUUGCGGCUGAGAAGUGUGGACUGGUGAAAGCUCUCUGCGUUCUGGAUAUCUUCGCAUUAAAAAACU